AUGACGGCCUCGCCGCCUGCGUCGCCGACGGGUGCCCCCCAGCGACCCUUCAGUGCCAUCAUGCGCACUCCCAGGAGCAAUAGUCGCUUAAGCAUGAGCUCAAAACAUGGCGGAGGAAGUCGGGCAUCGGACGAGGAUGGCAAGACGGCCGUCAAAGUUGCCGUCCGUGUCCGACCCCCUCUGAAGCCCAACGACCCAGGCUACGAAUUAAUCCCGCAACGUUUCCAGCGCUCGAUGGUCCACGUCACCACGCCAACCAGUCUAGCCGUCGAUGUUCCCCAGGGUCGCAAGCUAUUCGUUUUCGAUCGUGUUUUUGCCGAAACGGUGGAUCAGGAUGGUGUUUGGGAAUAUCUCAGUGACAGUAUCAAUUCGUUCCUUCAGGGUUACAAUGUCUCUAUUCUGGCUUACGGCCAGUCGGGUGCCGGGAAAUCCUACACUAUGGGAACCGCGGGGCCUAAUGAACAAAGUCACACUGAGGCAAUGGGUAUUAUCCCCCGUGCUGCGCAACUUCUUUUCCAAAAAUUGGAAGGCCCAUCGAAACACAGCCGCAAUAGCUCCACUGGUCUCCGUACCCCCGUGCGAUACUCAAUAAGCUCCACCUCGAGUUUCGCAAGACAAAGCGUCGAAAAGAACUGGCAAUUGAAAGCCACCUACGUUGAAAUUUACAAUGAGCAAUUGAGAGAUCUUCUGCUCCCCGAUUCAACUCCGGCGAGCGAUCGCAGCGCUGUGACAAUUCGCGAAGAUGCCAAAGGUCGCAUUAUUCUUACCGGUCUACACCAGGUCAACAUCAAUUCUUUCGAAGAUCUUAUGGGCGCAUUAAGCUUUGGCUCGUCAAUUCGACAGACUGAUUCAACUGCCAUAAACGCCAAGUCUUCUCGCUCGCAUGCCGUCUUCAGUUUGAAUCUCGUUCAACGUAAAACCGCAAACGGAGUCACCUCGCCCAAGGAGAAACGGAUGUCGAUGCCAGUAGAUGGAUUAUCAGGUUCGGAUCACAACGUUACUGUCGAUAGUAAGCUACACUUCGUGGAUCUUGCUGGCAGUGAAAGGUUGAAGAAUACCGGUGCUUCCGGAGAACGCGCUAGAGAGGGUAUCUCCAUUAAUGCCGGUCUCGCUGCCCUUGGAAAAGUGAUUUCGCAGCUAUCCUCGCGCCAAGCAGGGUCGCAUGUGUCCUAUCGCGAUUCGAAACUCACUCGACUCCUCCAAGAUUCCCUGGGCGGAAACGCCUACACGUACAUGAUUGCGUGCGUGACUCCCGCAGAGUUCCAUCUAAGCGAAACAUUAAAUACUGUCCAGUACGCUCAAAGAGCCAGAGCGAUUCAAAGUAAACCGCGCAUUCAGCAGAUCUCGGAUGAUAGCGACAAACACGCAGUCAUUGAGAGACUGAAGGCGGAAGUGGCAUUCCUAAGACAGCAAUUGCGAAACGUUGAGGAUCAUGACCGACGUAGUGCUGCACCCCAGGAGCGAGCGGAGCGCCAGAACGAGAGGGAAAUCGACCUUCAAAACCAGCUUCUCGAUGCCCAGGAAAGCUAUAAUGCACUGAGCCAGCGUCAUGCCAAAUUGAUUGCUGAGAUUGCCAGGGAUUCCGAGCAGCCGUCCGAGUCCGAUCCCAGUGAUGUCGCUUCAGCCGUUGGCAAAAACUCCGUCGAGAGGCUAAAACGGUCUCAUUCGUUCGCCGAGUCAGUCGAACAGGUCGUCCUUGAGUAUGAGAAGACCAUACAGAGUCUAGAAUCAUCUCUUUCGAACACCCGAUCUUCGUUGUCGGCGACCGAAAGCAGUCUGCUCGAACGCGAGACCAAGUGCGCCUACGUCGAGACGGUCAAUUCCCAGCUUCAAUCUCGCAUCCAGAAGCUACUGGACCGAGAAGCCAGCAAUGAGACCUACCUACAUGAGUUGGAGUCUAAAUUGGACGGGCAAUCCUCUGGCGAGGAGAGGCAGGCGGAAGUUGCGUCUGAACUCCGCAAGGAGCUUAGCCGUGCCCGUGAAAGCGAAGCCAAUUGUGAGGACUAUAUUUCUACGUUGGAAGAGCGUCUGGCGGAAGCAGAUCAGGACAUGGAGCUGAUGCAGCGAGAGGUGGAACGCUUGGAACACGUUAUCGAACGUCAACGCAGUCUCGGAAAACUUGACAAUCUCCUCUAUGAACUUGACCACGUUCAGCAGAACGGAACCAAGAGCAAAGUGGUCGACAAGGAGAUAGAACCUCCUGCCUCCGCUGUCAAAGGCGCAUACAUUCCCCAGAAGAGAGCAUCAUCUCUUGACGUUUUGACCGAGGCCAUCGAGACGGCCAUCCCGGAAUCAGACGAGGGCUUGGCUGAGCCGAUUCCAGAAGUCGGGGAGGACACUGUAACGGAAAUCGACAAGGAAGCGGACGAAGGCGAAGAUCUGAAGACUCUGGAGAAGGCGACCAGCAACAUCCAACCUAGCAACACCGAAAAGGAACAAAGACAAACCCCUAGCCCUACCCAAUCAAACGUCGUUGCAGACAAACUCGACACAAUUAGCCAGGAGCUUUUCGACUUGCGCAUGCAGCAUGAGACUACCCUCAAUGAAUACGAGCUUUUAGAAGCGAAAUACGAAGAGACUCUCAAGGCGUUGGCAAAAACACAACAGGACGUCGCUGAUGAAUCCCGUCACCAUUCGUCGAAUGCGCACAGCCUCGUCUCCCCAGCCACUACAUCUCGACCGGUGUCUUUUUUAGAAGAUGCCAAGGCUCCCGACUCGAAAGCUGGAACACAACACUCGUUCUCGCAAUCACUCUCAUCGGAAUUAUCCUUGGUCGAGGAGCCUGUUGUUUCACAGGAAUAUUCUGAUCGCAAGAUAGAGCCAGGGGCAGAGAAUCAUGCGGGCCCCCCUACAUCCGAGUCCAACGAAGUAAGCUCCCAGGAAGUAGAGCAUAUGCGGCAACUGCUCUCUGAGCACCAGGAGGGUGUCAGUAUUAUGACUCAGAAAUACGCCGAGUUGCAGAGCGAGCAUGAGGACACACUAAAUCUCGUUGAAUCACUGAAAGCCAAGAUACAACGGUCCAAGUCUACCUCCCCGCCUGCGACACCUGGGUUUAAAUCGCAGGUGAUUCGGAGGAAAACCAGCCAGAGUUUGAUGUCUACCGUCGAUCGAGCUCAUCGUUCUCUAGCCGCCUUGCGCAAUAUUGCCAUUGAGGAAUUCGAACAACGCCCUGAUACAAUGCAAAAUUUCGAGGUCCACUUGGACUCCGCGAUGCAUGAGCUUCACAAUCGUAUGGAACGCAUUCAAUCGUUGGAGGCUGAGAACCAGAGUGUCAAGAAGGAGAUGGAGAUGAAAUCUACCAUUAUCUCUGGUCUUACACGGGAGCGAUCAAGUUUGCAAGGAGGCGCUUCUUCGGUGGACAUGGGCCUUGUGUCCCAAUUGCGUGACCAGGUUGUUCAGCAAGAAGGUAUUAUAAAUGAGCUCAAGGAGGCACAUGAAGCCAGACAAAAACAGUUGAUCGAUGAAAUCCAAGAAUUGAAGGAUCUGCUGAAGUCUCAAGAAGCAGCUGCUCGGUCGCAGGAUGCAGGUGCCGAAGAACAGUACAAGAAGAUCAACCACCUCGAAGGAGAAUUGGGCGAAUUGAAGAGCAAGCACCAAAAUGUCGUGGAAUCUCUGCAGUCUUCUGAACAGCAACUCAGUGCCACUCUCGCUGAGCUUGGUAGUGCAUUAGCAGCUGUGGAUGCGAUGCGGUCCGAGCGUAGAGCCGCUGACGAGGCAGUUGCUGCAGAGAAAGAGACCAUUGCCAAAGAACUGGAAGACUCAAGGGCCCGACAGCAGGAGAUUGUUGAGAGUCUUCAGCGCAGUAUUGAGGAGCACAAGUCUACCGCCGGCGCCCAUCUGGCCAGGAUCGCCUCCCUUGAGGAAUCAUAUGCCGCCGCUGAGAAGCAGUUGUCAGAGUUGGCGGCUGCGAAAGACAAGGACAGCAACGAAGUCGGAGUACAUCAGACGCGUAUUUCCGAGCUAGAAAGGGAGAUCGAGUCCCACAAGUCAACCUUUGAGUCUCAUAAUAAGGACCUAAUUGCCUUACAGGAGUCCCACCAACAGGAGCUAAGCGAGCUGGAAGCAAGGGCUAGCGCUGCCGCACAAGCAGAGUAUGGCUUGCAACUGGCGGACAAGAACAAAGAACAUGAUGAAGCUAUGAGAACCCUGAGAGCCGAGAUUGCGGAAUCGCGAGACGAGCUUUCGAAAUUACUCAAGAUGGUCUCCGAGCUUAUUAAUUCUGAUGUUACUACAGACAACCUGGCAGAUCAAAUCCAAGACAUCUUGACGCAAAAGCAACACUUCUCUGAAAAGUAUGCGGAUCUGCUCGAUGCGAAUGAUGAUCUUCGCAAGCAAUUAGAACAAAAGGAUGGUGAAUCUACUCUCUUGGAGGAGCUAACCAAGAGUAACUCCGCCAAGGAUGCCAAGGUGAAUGAGCUGGCUCUUUUGGUUGCUACUCUUGAGGAUACCUUACGACAGAAGGACGACCAAGUCAAGAAGAAAGAAGCACUGGUCGCCGAAAUCACAGCCGAGAAAGAAAAGAGUGUCCGCCUCGUAGAAGAACUCGAAGAGCAAAUCACCAGCAGUUUUGAUCAGCAUCAUAAUCGACUCUCUGUGAUCCAACAGGAGCGCGACCAGGCUCUGGAAGAUGCUAAGGCGAAGAUUGUCAUCCUUGAAAAGGACAUUGAAACCUACCGGGUGCGAAUUGAGCAGCUUGAGGCAAGUAGUGUUGUGAUGAGUACGAAUCGUUUAUCAUGGCUAACCGACGUACAGCUUCAACUCAAAAACAGUUCGGACAGUUCGCACGACCGCAGCAGCUCCAUUACUUCCAACCUACGGAAGAGCUCUUCGGCCACUUCUCUUCCCUCUCCGCCACCAGCCAUUCCACUCCCGCCUCUCCCUACCAUUGCCUCCACCACGAAUGGUACAUCUGGCAGUAUCUCUCCCCCGAGCUCACGACACACUAGCAAGGAACUGGUCAGCACUCAAAUUGUUGAGGACCAGGAAUCCCGCAUCCGCACUAUUGAGAAGCAUCUCUAUGCUGAAAAGCAGCUUACUGCUACGCUAGAGGAAGCGCUUGGGGACCUCGAGGCGCAGAGCAACAAGGUUAAAUCAGACUGUGAAGCGUGGAAAAAGAAGGCAUGGCAGUUGGAGGAGGAGCUAUCAACUCUUCGCAAAGAACGCAAUUCGCAGCGUCUUUCUCUCCAAGCCGUUGAAGAAGAGAGAAAUGCUCGCCGUGAGGCCGAAGCUGCUAGAGCCCAACUGGAAGAGCGCAUGAAUGCGCUCAAUAAGAAGAAGAAGAAGAGCACUCUCAACUGCUUCUAA